GCACUCUCCUAGGAUCUAGAGAUGAAUGAGAAAAUCAAAAAGUUCUUUGCCCGCAAGAAGUUGGAUGCUAAAUUUAAGUUGGCUGGGCCAGGGCAUAAAUUGACUGAAUCUACUGCCUCAUCUGCAACGUCCAAUAACAAGAAACCAGCAUACGUUCCACAAACCAGCAGGGAGCUGACAGAUGCAACCAAACAAGCAGCAGAAGCUGCCUUGGCCAGGAUGGGUGGGCCAAGGAAAGAUUAUGCAUUUAACACCUCUCUAGCAGCGAUUCAAGCUCAGGUCCGUAGAGAACUGGAAGCUGAAAGUAAAAAUAAAGAACCACUUGAGGUAUCUCCAAGGAGACCUGUGGAAACUGAGCUCAUUGCAUCUCCUCUGCUUGCUGUCAAUGGGAUUUACUAUAAGUGUCCAAUUAUAAGUGAAGAAGUUUUAUCCAAAGAUGAGUGGAGGGUUAAAAUCAAGGAGUUUCUGUUGGAGCAGUUGGAGGAGGAAAGGGGGAUUACAGCUUGCCUCAUGAUCCAUUCAUGUAAUUACAAUAGAGCAAAGGUCACAGACUGUGUUAAUGUUUUAUGCAAGUACUUGGAGAACAUAAUUGGUAAUCCUGAAGAGACGAAGUUCCACAAAAUCAGAUGCUCCAAUGCGACUUUCUACGAUAAAGUAUUGCCGAUUUUCGGGGCUCUGGAUCUGCUCUUAGAAGCGGGUUUCUCCAAGCAAAUUCUCGAGCAUAAUGGUAACGACGAAGAAUUCUACGUUUUCGAUGAGAAGAAAGCAGAAGCUGUUGAGAAAUUGCUGUUUUUAAGAGAUUCGCUCAGAUCGGAGGAUAAAAUCGAGCUCGAAUUGGAUAGAAACUUGCAAGUUUUGUCACCGGCUCAAGCUACGAAAAGGAAUCAACUUCCAUUGGAAUUUUAUGCGCUCACCCCGGAGGAAAUCAAAAGGGAACAGCAGCAAAAAGCGGAUGUAGCAGAAAAACAGAUGGUAUUGCGUACUAAAGCAAUGAGAGAGAAGGAGGAAUUGCGUGAGAUUAGGAAGUACAAGUUUUCCCUUGUUCGGAUACGAUUCCCAGAUGGUCUCUACCUGCAAGGUACCUUUUCGGUAUACGAGAAGCUUAUAGAUGUUAUAAACUUCGUGACCGAAAACUUGGAGGAUGCAAACAGCUUCUUGUUGUUAGGACCGACUGGACACAAAUUCGAAGAGGAUGAUUACAAUAGCACCUUGUUCGAUCUGCGUUUAGUGCCUGCAACGAUUCUGAAUUUCCAAUGGAACUGCGAAACUUCUUCGGGCGGCUUCCUGAAGCCCGAAGUGAUGAUCCUCGUUCAGUCAAUUGUCGCAAAUGAAUAUCUGCAGCUUCUGAAGCAUAACGAACCCACGUGAGUACCCUGAGAAAAUAAUCGUAUGAUUGCUGUGCUAAUGAGAAUAAAAAAAUUGUAUAUAUAUAAAACAACGAAAAAAGGUAUAUCGUUCGGAAAUGUUUCAAUAUCUGUAAAAAGUAAUAAUAUUAUGAACUUAUAUAAUAUUAUUUAAAAAAUAAUAAAAUAAAACUAGAGGAAAAAUUAUUAGGAUAUUCUUUCUCACCAAGUGAUCUAUUGCUCUAAAAAAAAAACGAAUCUGUUGUGGGCACACGAAAAACUUGCUAACUAAAAUUCACUGUUAACGUAAAACCAACAAACAGUUUUGUCACAAUUUUUGUUCUGAAUUUAUAAAAUGAUUCAAUGUUUUUAUUAUGUACAGUGAUUGAUUUAUUUUCAUUUUUGUUUUUUCUUUUUGCCGAAAUGAACACAACUUUAUUAUUUCACUAGCCUGAAAAUGUUAAUCACACAAUGAAUUCACAGAACGUUCUCACUGAUUUAAAAGAAUGCCAAAUUUCGGAAUAAUCACAACACUUUUGGGGAAUCGUGUACAGGCGCAAAACAGCACGAAAUCAUUAUUAAAUCUAACGAAAUACU